AUGGCCUCUGUACCGAGAGCCUGGCUGCUUCUGGCCAUCGCGAUGUGCUGCCUGCUGCCCAGCGUCCUCGGUGACCUGGUGCACUACAAAGAACGCCAACCAACCAUCACCGAUGAGGAGCUCACCGAGUACGCCCGAGAUGUCCUCGACUCCCGCAGCCCCAACUUUGAGUUUGUUGCAGCCGAGCUGGACUCGCCGAACAAGCGGGGGCUCUUGAGCAAGGCCGUCGGUGCCAUCAAGAAGGCCGCCCCCGCUCUCAAGAAGGCAGGGGCCGCCGCGAAGAAAGCAGCCGCUCCUGCGAAGAAAGCGUCUACUGCUGCGAAGAAGGCUUCUCCCAAGCCCAAGAAAGCGGCUUCUGCCGUUAAGAAGGCUGCCGCUCCUAAGAAGACGUCUGCCAAAAAAGCCCCCGGUAAGGCUUCUGCCAAGAAGGCUGGUGCUAAGAAAGCUCACCCAACGAAAGCUGGAGCCAAGAAGCCUGCUGCUAAGAAGCCCGCUCCUAAGAAGACAGGCUCAAAGAAGUCUCCCUCCACCAAGGCUAGUACAAAAAAAGCUGCUGCCCCCAAGAAGCCUACCGCUCCUAAGAAAGCUAGUGCCAAAAAAGCACCAAGCAAAGGCGUGAAGAAGGCAUCUAGUAAAAAGGCCUCUGGUAAGGCUACUGCUAAGAAGGCAGGUGCUAAGAAGGCUCCCCUGAAGAAAUCCGGAGCCAAGAAGACUGGCCCGAAGCAGUCACCUGCCUCAAAGGCCGGUGCUAAGAAAGCUCCGGGCAAGAAGGCCGCUGGAAGGACAGGUCCUGGUAAUAAGUCUGGAUCCAAAAAGGUUGGGGGUAAGAAGACGCCUGGAAAGAAAGCUUUAAGUAAAGCUGGUGUCAAGAAGACUCCCGGCAAGAAGAGUCCUAACAAAAAGACCGGUGCUAAGAAGGUCGCGGCAAAUAAGGGACCUGCGAAUAAAGCUGGAGCCAAAAAGACCCUAGGGAAGAAGAUUGGAGCUAAGAAGGCUCCAGGCAAGAAGAUCCCUACGAAAAAGGCUGGAGCUAAGAAGAGUUCUACCAAAAAGACUGGUACUAAGCAAGCUUCAGGCAAGAAGACGCCUGCUAAGAAGACCCUUGGAAAGAAGGGGCCUGCUAAGAAGGCUGAAACUAAGAAAACUACAGGGAAGAAGACUCCCGGAAAAAAGAUCUCCGGCAAGACCACCGGUAAGAAAGCACCGGGCAAGGUUAAGUCGUCACCACCACAGAACUGCCCCCUUGGCAAGCGCUCAGGGGACGGCUCAUGUGUCUUCCGAGGUGACAAUCGAGGUCCCACCAAAAUCAAAGAAGCCGGGGGCUUCAAGAGUAAAGGCUCUACUCACCCUCAGGGUCCCUACAAUAAGCCCGAUGCCUUGCACAGGCACGUCACGGAAAACUGGAAGGGCGAGAGACCCUACAGGGAUCCUUACAUCUCCACAGCCGCCGAUGUGAAGGUUGCUGAGAAGCAUUACCCCAAUGGGCACAUCUACAAAGUCGACAAGAACCAGGCUGGCAGACUCGUUGAUGCAAACGCCAAGCUUGCAGAGGGUGGCACGCAAAACCCUCACAAUAAGGAAGGGGAACUGUCCACCAAGGGACCCAUUCGUUGGGACGGCAUUAAGGGGUGGCACAAGAUGAAGAACGGCCAGGCGGGGCCUUACAAGGAGAACUCAGACUACAGGCCAAGUAGAAUACCCCUUCCUAAGCAAUCGAACAACGGGGGAGCUUCAACAUCGGGGCAAGGGCAGCCUCAAAAGCAACGGCCAACGUCGGACAAGCCGAGCAAAAUCCCCAUUUUGAAGAACCCUUCAGCGACUUGGAAGCCGCCCCCUGGGUCCCGCUAG